AUGGCGCUGAUUCUUCAGACACUGAGGCAGGAUAUGAUGCUGGCAGUCAUAAAUAAACCCCUGAAAAAUCUGACUGUUGCUAUGGUGAUGUUAGUAAAAGCCUGGGAUAUGGAUCUUUAUAACCUGGCUUCACUGGAACUUAGAGAAAAUUUGCUGACAUAUUUACCUGAAUCACUUGCCCAGCUGCAGCGACUAGAAGAACUUGAUUUAGGAAACAAUGAACUUUAUCACUUGCCAGAAACAAUUGGUGCACUUUUCAAUCUUAAAGACCUCUGGUUGGAUGGAAACCAAUUAGCUGAAAUACCUCAGGAAGUAGGAAACCUGAAAAACCUGCUUUGUCUGGAUGUUUCUGAAAAUAAAUUGGAAUGCCUUCCUGAAGAAAUUAGUGGUCUGACUUCUCUAACAGACUUGCUUGUUUCUCAGAAUUUACUUCAGGUCUUACCUGAUGGCAUUGGAAAACUGAGGAGGCUCUCCAUUUUGAAGGUUGAUCAGAACAAACUUAUUCAACUAACAGAUUCAAUUGGAGACUGCGAAAGCCUUACUGAACUAGUUCUAACAGAAAACCAACUGCAGUCGUUGCCGAAGAGCAUCGGAAAACUAAAGAAGCUGAACAAUUUGAAUGCCGAUAGAAACAAAUUAACAUCUUUGCCCAAAGAGAUUGGGGGGUGCUGCAGUCUUAAUGUCUUUUCUGUACGUGACAACAGAUUAUCUCGAAUUCCCUCUGAAAUUUCACAAGCCACUGAACUUCAUGUCCUGGAUGUUGCUGGAAACAGGCUGACGUAUCUUCCCCUCUCACUGACUACCUUAAAGCUGAAGGCUUUGUGGUUGUCUGAUAACCAGUCCCAACCUUUGCUGACGUUUCAGACUGACACAGACCCUGAAACAGGAGAAAAGAUUUUAACAUGUGUAUUACUUCCUCAAAUGCCUUCUGAGCCUGGUUGCCAAGAUAACCUACCACGAUGUGGUGCACUGGAGAGUUUGGUAAAUGAAAUGUCAGAUGAAACAUGGAACGAGCGGGCGGUGAAUAGAGUCAGUGCAAUUCGCUUCUUAGAAGAUGAAAAAGAUGAAGAGGAUAAUGAAAUGAGAACACUUCUAAGGCGAGCCACUCCACACCCUGGAGAAUUAAAGAACAUGAAAAAGACAGUGGAGAAUUUACGGAAUGAUAUGAAUGCUGCUAAAGGACUGGAUUCAAACAAAAACGAGGUCAAUAAUGCCAUUGACAGAGUGACCACUUCUGUGUAGAGUUUCAUCUCCA